AUGAAGCUCUCACUCUUUGGAAAACAAGUUUCCUCAAAACAACUCUCCUCCCAUACCAAUGCAGCAAACAAAACAUGUGGUAUAUGCUUUGAUGUGAAAACAGAUUCUGAUAUAUUCAAAAUAAGGUCCAAACUUUUUCAAAGAAGAAAGUGCAAGCACCUUUUCUGUGUUGAUUGCAUAUGCAAGUAUGUAACUGUUCAAAUAAAUGAUAAUGCGCAUAAGGUGAUGUGUCCAAGUCAAAAUUGUUGUGUGAAAUUUAAGCCAAAACAUGUGCAACACAUUUUGCCAAAACAACUUAUUGCUAAAUGGGAGAAUUUAAUUUACAAGUCUUCGGCUCCGACGGAGCCAAAAACUUACUGCCCUUAUCAGAAUUGCUCUGUUUUGUUGGUGAAAGGAAAUGGCGUGAGAGGAGAUUUCGCCAACAGUUCAAAGUGCCCUUCGUGUCACAGAAACUUUUGCGCGCGGUGCAAAGUUCCAUGGCAUGCAGGAACGAAUUGUCAGAAUUUCCAACAAUUGAAAAGGAAUGACAAGAAUGAUUUGGAUAACAAGUUUUUGGAGUUGGCCAGAAAAGCAAAGUGGCAAAGAUGUCCAAAUUGCUCCAUGUAUGUCAAGAGAAGUAGUGGAUGCAGUUACAUGAAAUGCAGGUGUGGAUGCAAAUUCUGCUACAGGUGUGGGAAGAAAAGGCAAUUUUCACAUUCAUGCGGUAGAAGUUAG